AUGAGUGUUAUUGAAGAAAAUUGGGAUACACAAUUGAAAGCCAGCACUUUCGAAAUAAACAGUUACAAGGAGUUCGAAGUAAAAGUGAAAUAUUUGCGUCAACAUAUUUUAUAUUUAUUAGAAGACGGUUUUACGGUUUCAAAGCUGAAUUUCAAUGGCAGUAAAGUUCAAAGUAAUGAUGACGAACUGAAGACUCUUACAGAGCUAAAUAAACAAUUACGACUUGACAUUGAAAACAAAGUAGAGGUAUUUUCUAAGCAAAAAGUUCAAUACGAAAACUUCAAAAAAGACCAAAAACUUUUAUCUCAAGGAAUAAAAGAAACACAUGAAGCUUUCUUGAUGGCAAAGAAACUUUACAAGAAAUUUUUAAAAAUUUAUUAUACUAUUGAGUCCAAAAACGAUGGAUCACAAACUAUUUUUCUACAAUUUUUUACUGAGGCUAAGAAAGAAUCAGAAAAUUAUUCUAUCAGACUUCUUAGAGACAUCAAUAUUGGGAAAUAUCAUUUGAUAAGUACAACUCCCAAACUGCAUUCCAUAAAGGACAUACAGACACAACUCCAAGUAACAAAUGAUCUCCCUGGUGCAUUAUGCUGCAUCAGGCAAGCUUUUAUGCACUUAAAAAAAACAAAAAAAUAA